GUGGAUUUAGUAAAAUAUAUAGUGCGAUAUGUGUUAAUGGAAUAAAAGAUACAUGGAAUGGUCAUAAGCAAGAAUUUAAAACACGUAAAAAUCGGCAAAUUGUUCUUAAAAGUCUUAAUAAUUCUGAUGCUAUAAGUCCCGACUUUUUAAAUGAAUUAAAAAAUUAUUUUCGAUGUUCAGGUGGCGAAUAUAUACAUAAAUAUUAUAGCAUCACACAGAAUCCCGAAACAAAUAAUUAUAUGAUUGUAACGGACUUUGUAAAACAUG